AUGUUUUUAUCUAAACAAAUAUUUGAUGCAUUUAACUUAUUAACCGCAAUAAAAAUAAUUAUUUUAGGAAGUUUGAUUGUUAUUUAUAUAACAACACAGUUAUUUAAAAAGGCAUUCGAAGAAUCAUCCAAUGAAGUCAAUUCAAGUUUAAAUAUUUCAAAUAAUUUUAAUAAUAGCUGGAUAUUUAGAUUGAUACUUAAUCUUCUAGGAUAUGCUACAACUAAAUAUUUAGAAAAGUUUUCAGGGUCGGGGCUCAUAGGUAAUAUUGUAAAAUUAUGUUUUGUUCAUUCUGAUAAUGAUAGAAUCACAGAAAGUGCAGGACAAGUUUCACUACAAAAAACUGUUUUCCAAGAAGCAUUAACUUUAAUUUUUUGUUUUUCUAUGUUACAAUUAACUUAUUUAACAUGGGGAAUCCUUCAAGAAAAAGUCAUGACUCAGGAGUAUGUUGAUUCUUCCGGAAAUAAAGAUCACUUUACCGAUUCUCAAUUUCUAGUCUUUAUUAAUAGAAUUUUAGCUUUCGGAAUCUCAGGUUCUUAUCUUCUUUUUACUAAUCAGCAUCAUUCUUCUGUACCUAUGUACAAAUAUAUAUUUUGCUCAUUUUCUAAUAUCAUGAGCUCUUGGUGUCAGUAUGAGUCAUUAAAAUUCAUUAGUUUUCCUACACAGGUUUUAGCCAAAGCCUCUAAGAUAAUCCCAGUUAUGAUGAUGGGAAAAUUAGUUUCUAGAAAGAAAUAUGAAUAUUAUGAAUAUGUAACUGCUGUUCUUAUCUCUAUUGGUAUGACAUUUUUUAUGCUAGGAAGUAAAGAAAAUAAGGCACAUGACAAUGUCACCACGUUCUCAGGAAUCAUUUUAUUAGCAGCUUAUUUAAUAUUUGAUAGUUUCACAUCGAAUUGGCAAGGAGUUCUCUUUAGUCAAUUUCACAUGAGUUCUGUUCAAAUGAUGUGUGGAGUUAAUUUAUUUUCUUGCCUAUUUACAACUGUUUCCCUUAUACAACAAGGGGGUUUCAUUCCUUCUAUACAUUUUAUGAUAAAUUAUCAUAAAUUUAUGUUUGACUGUUUGUUAUUAUCCAUUUGCUCUGCUGCAGGUCAGCUAUUUAUUUUUUACACUAUAUCAAAUUUUGGAGCCGUUGUUUUUGUUAUUAUUAUGACAAUCAGACAGGGUUUAGCUAUAUUAUUAUCUUGUCUUAUUUAUCAUCAUAACAUAAGCCCACUUGGAAUAUUAGGAAUAUUUCUCGUUUUUAUAUCAGUAUUUUUAAGAAUAUAUUGCAACCAAAGAUUAAAAGCAAUUAAUAGAAAAAGGAAUUUAUUGGUUAACAAUGUAAAUAAAGUCUAA